AAUAUGAUAGGAAAAAAAACGUAGGAAACAGAUUAGGAUAAAAAUACGGAUAUUUGUGAAGAAGUAUCGGAGUUGAGUACAAAUGGGUACCUAAAAUAUUAAAGAUGUCAUAAAUUUCUGGAUCUGCAAGAUAAUUGGUUAAAUUUUUCCAACAUAAAUAAUUUUUACUGCUUACAAUUACUUUACUGCAAGCAAGUAAUAUUUGUUUGAUGGGAUAUCAACUCGAUUAUAAUGUUCUAUGUUGAUCCCAAGUUCUCUAAGCUGUCAUCGGCUUGAAAGGGUUAUCCUAAUCGAAACCAUGAGACCCGCUGGGCUGUCGAGUCUGUUUUCUCAAAGGUUCCCAGCUGGAUUGGUCGCAAUGUCAAUCGCUCGAUGGCCGAAUAAUUUUCCACUCGACUCCACCGACUCGAGCCUUGAGUUGAUCCGGUCCAAUCAAGCUGAAACUAAUUGGGCACUGCAGAACACCUGAUUCGGAGCUGGACCAGCGUGAUUUUUGGGUCCCCGAAACUCGAUAGGCUGAGAAGAUCGCUGGGCCACCGCCGGAGUGAGAUUUCAGUUAGUAUUGCUCGCAUAACCAGCCGUUGUUAAGCGGACCUUUUGGCCAGCAGCUGUUGCUGCGCUUGGAUGUUUGGGCCAAAAUCCUUUUCGGAGCGAUCAGUUAAUCAAAGACUAGCGCGGCGAUAACAACGCUUACAAGGGUCCCUCGGGCGUACGCUCCUAAUAAGAUGAACACAUUAUUUUUAAUUAUGGCAAACACACAUAAUAUUAAUUGCAUAUUUUAAGUGAUGUGAAAUUAAUUAAUGAUUAGUGCAAAAAGCUGACAAAAUCAACUCCUAUGGCAAAAUGUGAAAAUAAAUAUCAUUAAAAUGCAUAAGAAACUGGCCAUGUAAAAAAGGUGAACACAAAGAAAAAAAAGUAUCACAUAACAUCGCGCAAUGCAUUUUUCAUAAACUGAAACAAUAAAAAACUGUGAAAAAAGUGGAAAUAUUUUUGUGAUUCUGAACAAGUUAAUACAAAAACCUAAAGAGCGGUGUGAAAAAUGCAUUAAUCAGAAUUAAAUAAAAAAAAAAACAGGGCAACAACAGCAAAUUAUGAAUAAUAAAAGAGAGCGCAAAACUUUUUACACAUUUUUCAAUUAAUAACAUCCCCCGCAAAUCUGUGAGGGAAUGCGGCUGGAGAGCCGGGCGAGAAUAUUGCCAAACCGCUAAAUGUUAAUUAGUUAAAAGCCCAAACUACGUAUUAACACAAUCGGAAAAGCCCAGGUCCCAAACCCAGGCCCAAACAAACCCAAACUCAGUGUAAAUGCAAACACAGACAGAGGCAUCAUAUUUUCCCCAGUUUCAAUUUUUUGCUCUUAGUUUCAAAUGGUUUUUUGCAUUUUUUAUUUUCCGCCAUUAUUACAUUAUGUGCCAUCCGCCAAUGUACUCGCCUGGGCCGAUUGUUUGUUCAGCUUCCUAUAUAAAUUAAAUGGCUAUGUCAAAAAAGUCAAUAUUUAGCAAACCAAUAAAAAAAAGAAAUCACACCGCCUGACUGGCAGCAGCAGGUAGCAGAUGGGGAAAAUCGGGCUUAUAUACAUUUGGAGAUAAAAAGAAAGACGUAUUUCAUAAUGGGCAUAGAUCAUUUCGUUAGAAGUUACGGGCACCUAAGCACAGAGAUAGCCGUUUUUAAAAGAUUGAAGCCAGCUUAAUUUGGGAUAGAUUAUAAAAUAUAAAGGUACUAUGCUCUGGUUUCCACUUCAAGCUGUAAAAUCAUUUAAAUUCAUUACGCAUUUCAUAUUUGCCACCAGGCAUUCCAUGGCUCAUUGUCAUGUCAAUUAAAUCUCAGAGAACCUCUCAGCUCUUACAUUUCAAUUCCAUAAAUAAUUUGUUAAUCAUGCAUUAACACUUGCAAUAAUUAAGCCAAAGCCACAGUUCGCUCGCUUGCAUUUGCAUGUCAGCGUUCAAAGUGUUGACAUAUCUAUUUUGCCAUCUUUUUUUGAACCGGCAAAUAUCUAACACCCAAAAAUGGCGUUCAAGGUCAAUGGUAUAGACGCAAAAAAUCCAUUUCCAUUUAUAUCUAAACAAACUAAUAAAAACAUGGUGAAAAAAGAGCCACAUUGACAGCGCAACAAAGCAAACAAAUACUCUACUCAUGAAUGAAUAAUUUGUCGCGUUUAGAACUAGAAGGUAUCGAAUUGGAGCAUUUCAAUAAAAAAACAAAACCGAGCAGAAAAAUACCAUUGAGGACUUUCACCUGGAAAAUUCCACAGGAUGUCUGCGGCAUGUCUGCGCCUGAAUGACUAGCUGUCCACAAAAAAAAAUCGGGAAAAACUGGGGGAGGUUGAAAAAGCACAACCAAGCAUUUAUACAAAUAUAUAGAAAAAAUCUAAUCGAAGGCAGUCCAAAAAGAGAAAUGCAUAGAAAAUGGAAAAACGAAAUCGCUUCGCAAAAAGUCGAACACAAGCCCGAAAAAGCCAAAUUCGUGCGGAAAAAAUAUUUUUGUCGCGUAAAAAAGUUAAGGGGAAUACGGAAAAAAUGUGAGCAGGCGUACCAAUUGAAAAUGCAAAAUAAAAGUGAGCCGUGGAAAAAAUGGCGUUAGAUUUAGGACAACAAAAGCGGAGACAAAAAGUCGCUUUUCCGGAUCCGCGGUGCAACCAGUCGAGACCAAAGCGUUUUUGCGGUCGGGUCUCGCAGGUUUUCGGUGGAGCUUCGUUUCUGUUAUUUCCCCUUUAUUUAAUAUUGGCUUUGGCAGUUGGGGCCCAGUGUCAACAAAGCGCUAACACAGCUUCAACAAAGUUAUUCUGCUUCGCAAAUUGUUGCAUUCGCAUUCAUUAGAAACUGAGUUGGGAGAAUUCUCGGGGUCAAUCUCUAGUUAGAAGAAGAAGUGUUGAAAAGCAGUUUUAGCUUCAGAUCAGGUUACGAAAAAGAACUAGUAUUCUUUAGUAAUUUCUUUAAUAGCUUACAAAGAUGUAUUGGAAUCAAUAAUUUCAUACUUUCUUUAAUUCUGAAUCUUAUUUUAUUUAUUUCGGGGCUAAUUACGAACGAACUAGAAUCAUUCUUCUCCACGAUCUUACAACUGAAAAACGAAAACAACCAGGCCGAGUAAUCCCUUCGGACGUAUUUCUCAAUAAUAAUAUGCAAUCAACUUAAAAAUUAAAAAAAGUAUAAGUGAUCACAUAGUUCUUUUACAACUGCAGCGCUGAACUAUAAAAUAUAACGAAGUAAGAGUGAAAACCUAAAGAUACCUGUUAACCCACGAAUUAAAAUUGCGCUUGGACCAGUGAAACAAAACUAAACCAAAAUAGAUUUAAUAAGCAGCCAAAUGGAAGGCCGUCUCAUCGAGUAUCGGCCGAUAGGCGGCGGCCUGGACUACCAUCACAACUCGCCGCUGAUCGGGGAGAUUCCGCCCGCUGGCGGGGAUUACUCCCAUGCCGUGCAUCGCUCCAUCGAUCACCUGCGGAACAGCCUCAACGAGCGCGUGGCCCUGGGUCCACUUAGUGUGUUCUCCAACACGGCCGACUUGAGGAACUCCGUCCUUAGCUACAGCCAGCAGCCCCACCAGCAGCCACAGCCACCGCAGCAGCAGCAACAACAGCAGCAGCAGCAGCAUCACCAGCAGCAGCAACACCAGUACCAGCUGGUGCCGGAGCCCAAGCCGAGUAUCACCAAUCUGGAGAGCAGUGUGGCCUCGUCGGCGGUCAGUGGAUCGGUGGCCAGUAGCCAAAAGCACGUGAACGACGCAGUGGUCAGCAGCAGCAGUGGGAGCAGCAGCACCGCUGGACCCACCCCCACCGGAUCCACCAGGGGUCGCAAGUCCCGGAUCUACCCCAAUCCCAACCAGCACAUCAUAGUGACCAGCAACAGCGUGGACAAUGGCGGCAUCCGGAUGCAGAAUGCGACGCUGAACGAAAGAAAUUCUCAAAAUUCCUCUGCGGGGGCUGCUGGCGUGGGCAACGUGACCACGGCAGCAGGAUCCGGCAACGGUAUAUCAUCCUCCACCAGCUCGCCGCACCACAUGACCCAGUUGGACGUGAAGGACACCAAGAUUUUUAGCUCGAAGGCAGAUCUCCAGCUGCACACGCAGAUCCACAUGCGGGAGGCGAAGCCGUACAAGUGCACCCAGUGCUCGAAGGCCUUCGCGAACUCGUCGUAUCUGUCGCAGCACACCCGGAUCCACCUGGGCAUCAAGCCGUACCGCUGUGAGAUCUGCCAGCGAAAGUUCACGCAGCUCUCGCAUCUGCAGCAGCACAUCCGGACGCACACGGGCGACAAGCCGUACAAGUGCAGGCAUCCCGGCUGCCAGAAGGCCUUCUCGCAGCUCUCCAACCUGCAGUCGCACUCGCGUUGCCACCAGACGGACAAGCCGUUCAAGUGCAACUCCUGCUACAAGUGCUUCUCCGACGAGCCCUCGCUGCUGGAGCACAUCCCCAAGCACAAGGAGUCGAAGCACCUGAAGACGCACAUCUGCCAGUACUGCGGCAAGUCCUACACCCAGGAGACCUACCUGACCAAGCACAUGCAGAAGCACGCGGAGCGGACGGACAAGCGGCCACCAAUCGUGCCGGGCAGCGCGGCGGCCAUUGCAGCGGCGGCCGCGGCAGCUGCUGGCGGUUCCGCCAACCCGGCAAAUGGACCGCCUCCGCCCCCCAAUCCCGCCCAGCAUCAGCGCAACAACCUGGGCCUGCCCCCCGUCUCGAUUGCCCCCAGCGAGAACGGCUACUGGCCAAAGGUAAGUCCGGACUCGGCCGCUGCAGCCAACGCCAUGGAGGUAAUGCACCAGCAGCAGCAGCAGCAACAACAGCAGCAGCAGCAACAGCAACAGCAGCAGCAGCAGCAGCAGGCGCACCACCACCAUCCGCAACACGGAGUCCCGCCGCAGCAACAUGUCCCGCCCCAGCAGCAGCAGCAACAACAGCAGCAGCAACACCACCAUCCGCAGCAGCAACCUCCUCCGCAGCACAGCAUGGAAGCCCACUACGCUCAGCCGACGGCUCCCAACGGAUCCCAAAGCAACGGACACGGCGCCGAGUUGCAGCCCCAUCAUCGCAUGCCCGAUCCGGUGCGGGAGGAUAUUGCCUCGACACCCAGUGCCGUGGGUCCCUAUGAUGCCGCAUCCAUAACGAAAACCACCAGCAACUCGGCGUUCACGCCGAUAAACUCGAUGCCCCCGCACCUGAACUCGCUGAGCCACCACCCGAUGGCCCAGCGGCCCUAUCUCUACGAUGCCAUCAGCUUCCCAAACAAAAACGUGAACCAGAACAACGCGAACGCGUUCCCCAACCAGCUGAUCUCGCUGCACCAGAUCCGCAACUACGCCCACCAGCCGGCGGGACUGAUGGCGGGGGAGCACCUGCUGGGCGUGAGCGUGGGUCCUGGGAAGGACAAGGGAUAGCUAGGGGCCUACUUCUAGGUGGGAGGUAGUUCAUCCGUUGCUUCUCCAAGCGGAGACGAGGCGUGCAUUCCUGUACAGUAUUAAUUUGUAGUUAGUCGUAGCGAGUAAAGGUCAUUUUGUAAUUUUUGUAGAUCUUCUUGGGUUAAGUUAAGGGUGUUCUCGCGCACUCGAUAAGUACUAUGUAAAUGGCCAACGAUACGUACUCUAAUUUGACAAACACCGUCCAUACCUAUGUUUACACAAUGUCUUGGAAUACAAGCACCAGUCCAGGUCCAGAUAAAGGUCCUGCGAUAUGAAUUCGGUCCAGCAAAAGUUUUCCCGUCGUCGAGUGAUUAGUUUUCGAAGACCUCGUCUCUUGCCGCUUGUAAAUAUAAUUGGAAAUAGAUUUGUUUUCGAUGCACACGGAUCUCGCAGUCUUGAAGCAAUGGCAGAUAUCAAAAGCUGCUCACUAAGCCGAUAUAUUUGUACAUAGAUAUACAUCACCUAAAGGAACUUACCGGCAAACGUAACUUACAUUUACAUACAAAUCCUCAUAUAUAUUUGUUUAGGUGUAUCGUAUUAAAUACAGAUAUUUCCGAGAGAAUCUCCUCGAGAAACAAAACACAAAAAAUGCAAAAUGAAUUCAAGAAAUCAAACGUGUUUACAACUAUAAAUGAAACUAUGCGAUAGAUGAAAACUAUUUUGAAAAAAAAAAAACAUUUCUAAGUAUAUGUUGGCAGUUGCAAAAACCGAAGUAUAAAACAAAAACCGAAAAGAAAUGUUGUACUACUUUUUGGAAAGACUGAAGAGAUCGAAAUUAACCUUUAAUUGAACCAGCGGAGGAAAUGAUGAAAAUCAAACAUUUUAAAGCGCGUUUUUACUGCAGUUACUAAGCAAACUGAAUGUGUCCUAUAAAAUUUCGUACUAAAUGGCAGAAACUAAACCUAAACGUAAUUACGAGUAUGACAACAUCAAAUGUAAUGUAUUAUUAAAUAAAGUAAUUUUAAUUUUAAUCCUAAUCUAAAUUAAAGUUAAUCUAACCGAUAGCUAGUGUUUAACUCCAGAACGCAAUCUCAAUGUAAAGACAAAACGAAAAUGGAACACAAAAAGAAAAUACCUACAGUUAAGUGAAUAGCAAAAUGAAUUCUGAAACACACACUCAACACACACACCCAGACCCACACACAUUAAAUAGAAACAUUUGGGGUAUUCAGAUAGCCGAGCUAAAUGAUUAUUUGUUUUACCGUCUAACGUUUACAGCAGAUUACAAAACGAUUCAAUGGCUAAGAUAUGCAAAUACACGGACAGUUCCCGGUUGGACUUGGAUUCGAUAUCCAGCUGAAUAUGCAUACGUACUUAUAUAAUUGUCAAUAGUAGAUGUGUGUUCCUCAGUUGAUGUAAAUUGAUUUCCGACUAACCACAAACUCAACCCGUAAUAAAGUGAAUUAAAUGUUA